GUUGGCAUAUAUGGUUAUACAGCUUAUUCAACCAGUAAGUUUGGCCUCAAAGGACUGGCAGAAGCAUUGCAGCAGGAGGUUAUUGGUGAAAAUAUUCACGUAUCACUAAUAUUUCCCUCGGACACUGAAACUCCUGGAUUUGCUGAAGAGAACAAAAGAAGGCCACGGGUGACUAGUAUAAUAGCAGCUUCUUCUGGUGCCAUGAAAGCUGACGAAGUUGCCAAGAUAGCUUUGAAUGGCAUUAAAUCAGGAAAUUUUACUGUCCCCUGUAACUUUGAGGGAUUCUUGCUUUCCAUAGCAACUGCUGGUCUAUCUCCUCAAAGAUCAUUCCUAAUGGCAUUUGUCGAAGUGAUAGCUGCUGGAAUAUUACGUGUUGCUGGCCUAUGUUUCCAGUGGAAUUGGUACGGAAGCAUAGAGAAAUGCCUGGAGAAAGGAAAUAGCAAAUGACUACUUAGCACAGUCUAACAAAUGUUUUUUGCAACUUCCUUAAAAAAUUAGUUUGAAGUAGUUUGAUCUACGGGUAUGCUAAGACUAAAACUAUGUAGUCCUCGUCCCCAUUAGAUUUUGUCCAUUACCAAUUUUCUCUGGCUAAUUUGACCAGUUUUUUCUAUCUACUGUGCUUGAAGUUCAAUAGAUUUUUAGUUAACUGGUAAGGUUAUACUAUUAGUUUUGCAUUUAAGCUUAA